UACGGCUCCCGACGGGCCUCGCGGCGUCGGACUGCGGCUCCCCGCGGCCCCUCGGCAUCGGAUUACGGCUACCCGCCCGUCUGCUGAGCUGCUGCGAUGCUGGUGGCUGCGGCCGCCGAGCGGAACAAGGAGCCCAUCCUGCGCGUGCUGCGGCAGUACAUGGACCCUGCCCAGCGCGGCGUUCGAGUGCUCGAGGUGGCCUCCGGCUCCGGCCAGCACACGGCCUACUUCGCGCGGGCCUUCCCCCACGCCGAGUGGCAGCCGUCCGACGUGGACCAGCGCUGCCUGGACAGCAUCUCGGCCACCACUCAGGCUCAGGGGCUGUCCAACGUCAAGGCCCCGCUGUACCUGGACGUGACCUGGGAUUGGGAGCAUUGGGGCGGCAUCCUGCCCCAGUCGCUGGACCUGCUGCUCUGCAUCAACAUGAUCCACAUCAGCCCCCUGAGCUGCACCGAGGGGCUCUUCAGAGCAGCGGGACACCUGCUCAAACCCAAGGCGCUGCUGAUUACCUAUGGGCCUUAUGCCAUCAAUGGGAAGAUCGCUCCGCAGAGUAACGUGGAUUUUGAUCUCACUCUUAGGUGCAGGAACCCUGAGUGGGGGCUGCGGGACACAGCCCUCCUGGAGGACCUGGGCCAAGCCAGUGGCCUGCUCCUGGAGAGGAUGGUGGACAUGCCAGCCAACAACAAGUGCCUGAUAUUCCGCAAAGAGUAACCUCCUCCCGCAUGCUUGUGUCUCCACCAAGGCCGGUUCUGGAACAAACCCAGAUGCCAGCCUGUGCCUCCCGCGGUUGGGCCGUGAGGGCUGCCCU